UUAGACAGUUUUGCCUUUAUUGUUGGUGUGUGACAAGCCGUGCGAGUAUCUGCAUCUCGCCGAUACUGUGGAAAUUUUUUUAAUAUACUAAACCAAGCCAAAGCGCAUCUCGGUAAUUGUUUUUCUUUUGGUUUCAGCCAUUUUGUACCUUUACAAAAUUCAACCAAUAUAAAUAGUGAAAUAAAGAAAAGUGAAACGUGUAAAGCAUUUACAAAAACAAGGUUCACCACAAUUUUGCAGUGACUCAAGAAGACAUGUUCAAGAUUAAUACGAAAGCGGAUACUAAUGCCGCACAGAGGCAAGCGAAGACGACACCGCUCGUCGACGACUACGAGAUCUCCAACAAAGUGUUGGGCCUAGGGAUCAACGGCAAGGUGGUGCAGUGCGCCAAUCGCAAAACCAAACAAAAGUAUGCGCUCAAAGUGCUGCUGGACAAUCCGAAGGCUAGGCGCGAGGUGGACUUGCAUUGGCGUGCGAGCGGUUGUCGGCAUAUUGUCAACAUAAUAGACGUCUACGAGAACACAUAUGGCGGCAAUAAAUGUCUGCUCGUCGUAAUGGAGUGCAUGGAAGGUGGUGAACUGUUUCAGCGCAUACAAGACAACGCCGAUGGCAACUUUUCGGAGCGUGAGGCCGCACAGAUCAUGCAUGAAAUCUGCAUUGCCGUACAUUACCUGCACAGUCGAGAUAUUGCGCAUCGUGACUUAAAGCCAGAGAAUCUGCUGUAUACCAGCAAUGAUAAGGAUGCCAUAUUGAAAUUAACAGAUUUCGGUUUCGCAAAGGAGACGUUUGUAAAGGACACAUUACAGACACCCUGCUAUACGCCGUACUAUGUUGCGCCCGAGGUGCUUGGCCCCGAGAAAUACGACAAAAGCUGUGACAUCUGGUCGCUGGGUGUCAUCAUGUACAUACUGCUGUGCGGUUUUCCACCAUUCUACAGCAACAACGGCCUGGCCAUUUCACCCGGCAUGAAGAAGCGUAUACGCACCGGUCAAUAUGACUUUCCCAACCCGGAAUGGGCCAACGUUAGUCAAGCAGCCAAGGACUUAAUCAAAGGCAUGCUCAAUGUUGACCCCACCAAACGUUUGACAAUCGAACAAGUGAUCAGAAAUAAAUGGAUUGCACAAUAUACACAAGUGCCACAGACACCGCUCUGCACGGGGCGCAUGCUCAAGGAGGGUGAGGAGACAUGGCCGGAGGUGCAGGAGGAAAUGACGCGUUCAUUGGCUACAAUGCGCGUCGACUACGAUCAGGUGAGCGAAAAAAUGCAUGUGAAAGCGCUGGACAAAUCCAAUAAUGCAUUGCUGACGAAACGGCGAAAAAAGUUAGAGGAAGAAUUGGCGGCACAGAAGAAAAAGUAAAUAGUUUUCAGCGCGAUAAAAAGAUGAAAAGUGAGUUGCCGCAGAUUUAUCAAUAAUCAAACA